AUGGAGAGCAUCAGCGAGGUCUUGAAGUUGCCCAUCCACAGUGAGCACCUGGGCAGCAAACUGGGCAGGCACACAGGUCAUAUAAUCAAAGUCUUCCUCUCUAAAGAACCUGGAAAGGGCCUCGCCUCACAUCCUUUCUUGCUCCCAGGCUGCGGCGUCCCUGCAAUCCAUCCCAUCAUCACCGGCCAUGCCCGCAUCGUCAACGGGGAGGAGGCAGUGCCUGGAUCGUGGCCCUGGCAGGUCUCCUUGCAGGAGAGGAGCGGGUGGCAUUUUUGCGGCGGAUCUCUCGUCAGCGAUCGCUGGGUGGUGACUGCCGCCCACUGCGGGGUGACGACCUCCAACGUUGUGGUGCUUGGUGAACAUGACCGCAGCUCCUCUGUGGAGAAUAUACAGAAGCUGGCUGUGGAACAGGUCUUCACCCACCCCGAGUGGGACCCUGUCUCCAUCAACAAUGACAUUGCCCUCAUCAAGCUGGCCGCCCCUGCUGAGCUGACGGACACUGUGGCCCCCGUGUGCCUGACACAGAGCGCAAAUGAGUUCAAUAGUGGAGAUGUUUGUGUCACCACUGGCUGGGGAAAGACGCGCUACAACGCUUUGACCACCCCCAACAAGCUGCAACAAACAGCCCUGCCCCUCAUGUCCAAUGAGCAAUGCAAGCAGACCUGGGGCAGCAACAUCUCCGACCUGAUGAUCUGCGCGGGGGCAGCCGGCUCCUCUUCAUGCAUGGGCGACUCUGGCGGACCCCUUGUGUGCCAGCAGGAUGGUGUCUGGAAAUUGGUGGGUAUUGUGUCUUGGGGCAGCAGCCGUUGCUCAACCACCACCCCUGCUGUGUACGCUCGGGUCAGCCACCUCCGCGCUUGGGCUGAGGAAACCAUGGCCAAUAACUGAGCGGCCUGAGCCGAGGGAGAAGGGACAAGUGCAAGGGGAUGAAUAAAGCCUGUUUUGCCUUGUGAGACCAGUCUUAUG